AUGCAAAACGGAGACUACGCGUUUGAGCAAGAUGACGACUACCUCGAGUCAUAUAACGCGUAUGCCGAGCCUCAGGCAGGUUCUGCGGACUACUACGAGGACGCGGCGUUCAACGAUCAAUAUGACGACGCGAUCGGGCACUACUCAUCCUCUUCCGUUGGGCAAGCUGUCGACGAUAUAGACAACUAUGAUGACAUGUUUCUUGACGACGAUCCUUCCCUUGCAUACGCCGACGCGCACGCGCCGGAGCCGACCCCAGCACCUCCACCGACGUUCACUCCAAGGAUGAACUUCGGAGAUAGAAUGCGACAGCCCAACCCUCGACCGUUUGGUCAGCUCAGGUCCAACGGCGCAGGUCCCAGCGGAGCACCAGCUCCUACGUUCAAGACGCAGGUCCCUACUCGACCAGCACCCCAUAGUAACCAGCCAAUAGAGAACUAUGCUCUGCCUUUAGCCAGUCAGUCAGGGCGCGCAUCUCGGCCAGCAUCUCAGCGUCCGCGUUCGCGGGAGCUUGCUCCAGCUGUCGAGGGUAGAGGAUCCAACCCUCGAACAGCGCAUGGGAUCCGCCUACGCCCUGUGACUGAACUCCCCGAUAUGUUUCGCGGCAUUUUCAAGUUCGGCUGUUUCAACGCCAUCCAGUCCAAAUGCUUUGAUACAAUCGUCCACUCUGAUGAGAACGUGGUCAUUAGCGCACCCACUGGUAGCGGAAAGACCGUACUCUUUGAACUCGCGAUGAUCCGCCUAUUUACCUCGCGCAAUCCAUCAACAUCGGUUAAAUGCAUAUAUAUUGCUCCUACCAAGGUGCGCAGAAAACACGCUGCCAUUGAUAUACGGUCAUCCAGCCCGUCUGCGCAGGCUCUGUGCUCCGAACGCUUUCGUGACUGGGAGGCCAAGUUCGCGCCUCUGGGCAUCAAAUGCUGUGAGAUGACAGGCGAUACCGUGACCAUCGGAAGGGAGGCUUGGGGAGACGCGAAGAACGCGAAUAUUAUCGUCACUACCGGUGAGAAGUGGGAUAGCCUCACGCGAAGCUGGCGUGAUCACGGCAAGAUCCUCGCCCAGGUCCAACUGUUUCUCAUCGACGAGGUCCACAUCCUCAACGAGACGCGUGGAAGUACGCUGGAAGUCGUCGUCUCCCGCAUGAAGACGCGCGGCGCAUCCGUACGGUUCCUCGCCGUUUCUGCCACCGUACCGAACGUCAACGACGUUGCUUUGUGGGUGGGCGCUAAGACCGGUGAUGGCCCUGCCGAGGUCUUCGAGUUCGGCGACGAGUUCAGGCCCUGCAAGCUUGAACGACACGUCUACCCCGUCGCACGAAAGCGCGAGCAGAACGACUUCAUGUUCGCUAAGAACCUUGACAAGCGGCUUUUCCAGAUACUGCAGCAACAUUCUGCGAACAAGCCAAUAUUGGUCUUUGUCGCGACGCGUAACGGCGUCUGGGCGACAGCUGAGCAACUCGCCUCGGACUACGAGCAGGCAGUCACGAGCAAGGCAACACUACCGUGGUCGCGACCAAAGCCGGUCAACAAGAUCUUUGUAGACAAGCGCCUCGAGAAGCUCGCCGCUGCUGGCAUCGGCGCGCAUAACGCCGGUCUAGCGCUCGAGGAUAAGCGCGCCAUCGAGGAGCUCUUCAUCAAUAAGACGCUGCGCGUUGUGGUCUGCACUUCCACGCUGGCCGUCGGUGUUAACCUACCCGCGCACAUCGUUGUGAUCAAGGGCGUCAAGGUCUAUCAAGGAGGAAGCGAAUGGCAAGAGUACUCCGACCUCGAUCUCCUCCAGAUGAUAGGACGCGCAGGACGGCCCCAGUUCGAUGACUCCGGCGUCGCUAUCAUCAUGUGCGAACAAGAGCUUGCGCGCAAGUACGAGACCUUCACCUCCGGCACGACGAUCCUCGAGUCCUCUCUACACCUGAACCUCGCCGAGCACAUAAACUCCGAGAUUGGGCUCGGUACGAUCUACGACGUCCCUUCCGCUCGUGCAUGGAUGCAGCGCUCCUUCAUGUUCCGCCGCAUCAGCCAGAACCCAGCGCGAUACAUUGUCAAUGACGACGGCGGAUGGGAGGAGGGGGUGGAUAACAUGCUUACCAAAUGCGUCGAUGAGUUGAAAGAGGCGGAGCUUCUGAGGGAUGGGGAUCAGUCGGGCGAGCUGGUGUCGACCGAGUACGGGGAUAUCAUGAGCAAGUUCUACAUACGCCAGUCCACGAUGGCCCAGAUGCUCGCACUACCUGAGAAGCCCACGCUUCGCGACCUGCUCGAGAUGGUGUCCAGAGCCGAGGAGAUAUCGGAGAUGAAACUGCGCGGUGGCGAGAAGCAGGUUUACAGGAAGCUCAACGAGCACCCGGACGUGCGCUUCAAGCUCAAGAAGGUAGAGAAGACUCCGGACAAGCUCUUCAUACUCAUUCAAGCGUCGCUCGCCGGCAUUAACCUUCAUGCACCGGACUACAAGACGUCCGAUAGCGCACCCCAUGCGGAGGCGACUAUGAUCUACCGUCACUUGUCACGGAUCGCGCGAGCCAUGGUGGAAGUCGCGAUGGUCAAGCAGAACGGCGCGUAUGCUAAGCAUGGGUUGGAGCUGCUACGUGUCUUCUCUGCAAGAACGUGGGACGACCGGCCAUCUGUACUCGGUCAACUUCAAUCUGUAGGCGAGAAGUCAGUUCGAGCUUUAGCCACCGCUGGUAUCACAACGUUCGAUCAGCUUCGCCGCCGUAGCGCUUUCGACCUUGACGAGAUCAUGUCGCGCAAGGCGGGAACUGGCUUCACAGUACUGAAGUCUCUUGCGGAGAUGCCGCGCUAUCGGCUUGAGAUAACUGAACUCUCAACGGUAUCGCACGGAGGUGCAGGACCGGUCUCUGUCAAGCUCAAGGUCAAGUGCGGCCUUCUUCUGGACAAAGGGCAGAAGCUUAAGUCGAAGAGCGGGCGGGGCUAUGAUGCGACCUCGGUGUUGAGCGUCACGUCCGACCUUGACCUGAUAGACUACCGCCGCAUUCCAACGGUCGCACUGAAGGACGAGCGCGAGUUCACCAUCACCGCAGAGCUAGAGAAGCCAAGCCAAACCGUCUGCGUAUACAUAUCAUCAGAGUACAUCGCUGGCGUUACUGUCAGUGCGGUCUACAAACCCAGCAUUGACGGCAAGGAAUACCCCGUCCCGAACACGCGCCCUCAGACUUCGAUGGAGAGGGACCUUGAAGGGCUCGAGAAUGACCCAGACUUCUGGAAUCCGACGCUAGACUCCGACUCUGACGAGGUUCCUCUCAUCAAGGAUUUGACCAAGCCGAGAUCGCAACAGCCUACGACGAGCGCCAAAAAGCCGAAGGCGUCUACGGCCAAGCAGACUGAGGCGAAGGACAAACCUCCAGAGAAACUGUCCAAUGGGAAGUACAGUUGCAAUCAUAGCUGCAAGGAUAAGACAGCUUGUCGCCAUCUCUGCUGUCGCGAGGGUCUGGACAAACCUCCAGCAAAGCCACGCUCCAGCGCGACUGCGGAUAAGGCGGACAAGACAGAUCCCUCGAAGGCCUCCACGUCCGAGGCUCCUUCUGAGAAGCCCAAGCCCAAGCCGAAACCGAAGACUAAGGUGAAGGAGCCCAAGGAGCCGCCGAACCCGAACCGUGGGAUGGACACGAAGAUCAAGCAGCUUGACGCGCUUCACGAACGUACAGGCGUCGCGUCGAGCUUGAAGAUCGCCAGCGGCCAGCGCCUCACGCUCGCUAAUAAGCUAUCGGACGCGGAGCCACCUAAGCCCGUCAAGCGCAAGCCGAAGCCGGAUUUUGAUGUCAAGUGGGCGGUGAUCGAGGAUGCCCCCGCUACGCCAGAUGUUGAAGUCGACGAGUUGUUGAGCUCCGAUGACGAGUUGCCGGACGUUGGCGCUUUGCUCAGUACGACGCCGAAGGGCAAGGAGAAGGCAACGGCCCCCAACAAGGGCAAGACCGCGUCGAGGCCACCGGCGAAAUCGUCCCCUCAUUCGUCCACGACCUAUGAUAACUCAGAAAUUGACUCGCUCAUACGUGCCAUGCCUGUCGACGACAUCAUUGACCUAUCAGGCUCUCAAGAUGACGAGGACAAGAUGACCGUUGACCCUGUUCAGCCGGUAUCUUCUCCUCCGCCUCCGCCGUCAAAGAAACGCAAGGGCGAGACGCCCAUUUCAGAUGGUCCAUCGCGCGGUGUCAAACGCGUCCGCUAUGCACUCUCGGAGUACUCGUCGCCUCCCCACAAGCCUGCACAGUCGAAGGAGCCUCUCUUUCUUCCGGACUCCACCGAUAGUGAAGAUCGUCCUUCAACUCCUCAACCCAGCAUACCGUCUCCGCCCAAGCCGUUGGCACCGGUAGACCAGCCCGAGGAGGAAGAAGAAGAGUUCGUCUUGGAUGAGAGUCUUUUCAACUUCAUCGAUGAGGAGCCCGCGCCAGAACCCAAGCAACCCACACGCGCUGUGUUUCCGCCAAAGAAAGUUGCGCCGCCACCGCCUCCGCGCCAGACGACAGAGGAGACCCGACGCCAGCUGGAAGAGGGAUUCUUCGCGCGCCAACGGGCGAAUGCAGAGGCACGUGGCGGCGGGUUUGGUUGGGCUGCACGACAGGCAGCCACCCAGCCUGUAGCGUCUUCUUCAACGCUUCUGGGCGGCAUCAUGCAGAAUAGUUCGCUGAUGGUCCCUCCGGUUGCACCUGAACCCGAGCCGGAGGAGAGCGAUCCGCUAGCAGAGUUGGAGGAGUGGCUCACGACAUCCGGUCAGGUUGUUUGGAAUUGA